AUGCCACGAAAGGACCUACUUGUUGACGCUGGCUUUUACUACACCGGCAUUGAUGACCACCACACUAUCUGCUUUUACUGUGGCGGUGAGUUGAAUAACUGGACGUUCAUUAGCGAUCCAUGGUUCCAGCACGCCAAGUGGUUCGAAAAGUGCCCCUACGUCCUGAUGAUCCAGGGCCAAAACUUCAUUAACUUCGUCCUUGGACGGUAUGUCACAUCACCUUCUAUUGAGGAUAACAAUCGCUUUAGGUCCGACAUAAAUAAAAAAUCUGAUCCCCCAGCGAGUAUUGAGAAACCAGAAGAAAACCCCGAGAAGAAACUAGAUGCAGAAGUUAAGCCGGUCAACAAGAUUACUGAUGACGCCCUUAAAUGUAUAAUUUGCUAUAACGAAGUAUUGGGGGUGCUGUUCCUGCCUUGCAGACACAUGGUGGCUUGUACUAGGUGCGCGGAGAUUAUGAAUUUUUGCCUGUUGUGUAAAAAGUCCGUCAGUAUGAAAGUACGCGCUACAAUAUCUUAG